CCCCAUAGCAGUACCGGAGAACUGAUGGCAAUACCCUAAUUCAACCAUACAAUUUUAGUUUCGGUUAUGUCUUUUAAAAUGUGAAUACUUAUACCAAAUCCAAUCUACGCCUAUGAUGGUAAUGGUAUAACCACAGAACCCUAAAAUAUGGGAUAACAUCCAAAUAUUAUAAAAAUGAAUUACGAAGUAAGGCAACACCAUAUUUUUACUUUUUGUAAUAAUGUAAUAGAUUAAAACUGUUACGUUACCCUUUUCAUAAUCAAUAAUAAAUGUAUCAUAGAAUAUUAUUUAAAUUCUUGAUUCGCUUUAGUCAUGCGUACCAGCGCCAUAUUGUUUACUCUCACAGGACAUAUGAAUAUUAUGUUCUGAAGAUUGAGGUCUGAUUACAUCUAAUUCAUCAAUAUAUACCUGUCAUAACUAUUUUCAUCACGAAAUAACAGAAAUUGUUGAACGCUAUGAAUGAGACAACAAACCUUUUUUCCACUGAAUCUGUUUGUAUUGUCAAAGAUGACGAAGAGGGAUUUAAAGUACAAAAUAUCAAGACUGAAGAUAUAGAUAUUGUCGAAGAAUUAAUUGAUAUCAAUGGAGAACAUAUUGAUGGAAAUCAAGUUCAUAAUAACAAAACAUCAAUACAGAAAAUUGAAAGUAAUAUAAAUUCCACAAAUACAUCAGAAGAAAAUACUCUUCUAAAAGAAUAUUUGGAAGACAGGAAAGAUUUUGUUAACUUCAAUUUGAGACAACACAAGUGCAAUUUUUGCGAGUAUACUACAAACAAAAAAUCUCGUCUCAAAAUUCAUGUAGAUUCUGUUCAUCUGAAUUUGAAGCAAUAUAAGUGUACAUUAUGUGAUUACUCCUCAAAUCGGAAACAUGAUCUUGGUGUACAUGUAGAUACUGUUCAUUUGAAUUUAAAGCAUCAUAAGUGUACAUUAUGUGAUUACUCUACAAAUCGGAAACAUGAUCUCAGUGUGCACAUAGAAACUGUUCAUUCUGAUCUGAAACAGCAUAAGUGCUAUUUAUGUGAUUUUUCUUCAAAUUACAAAAAAAUUGUCAAACAACAUAUAGAUUCUGUUCACUUCAAUUUGAAGCAACAUAAGUGUCAAUUAUGUAUUUAUGCAACAAGUCGGAAAUCAGAUCUUAAGGCACAUAUUGAUUCUAUUCAUUUGAAUUUAAAGCAACAUAAGUGUCACUUAUGUGAUUUUGCUUCAAAUCUGAAAGUUCGCCUCAAAAAACAUAUAGAUAAUGUCCAUUUGAAUUUGAAGCAGCAUAAAUGUCAUUUAUGUAAUUAUGUUGCAUAUCAGAAAUAUGAAGUUACCAAACAUAUAGAUACUGUUCACAUCAAGUCAAGGCACCAUAAGUGUCAAUUAUGCGAGUACUCUACAAAUUGGAAAUCUCAUCUUAAAACACAUAUAAAUUCUGUUCAUUUAAAUAUAAAGCAACAUAAAUGUGAUUAUUGUGAUUAUGCAUCAAAUCGAAAAGUUCAUCUCAGCAAACAUAUAAAUUCUCUCCAUUUGAAUAUCAAUCAACAUAAGUGUCACUUAUGUAGUUUUGGUACAAAUCACAAACAUAAUCUUGAAGCACAUAUAAAUUCUGUUCAUUUGAAGUUGAAACAACAUACAUGUCCUUUAUGUGACUACGCUACAAAUCGAAAGAGUGAUCUUAAGGCACAUACAAAUUCUGUGCAUUUGAAUUUGAAGCAACAUAAGUGUAACUUAUGUGAUUUUGCUACAAAUUAUAAACAUAAUCUUAAAUCACAUGUAGAUUCAGUUCACUUGAAUUCUAUCAAGAAAGAAGUUUUCCCAAGGAAGGAAUAAACAUUUAGGAUAUCGUAUUGGUAGUAAUGAAAUUAUCUGUGUUUGAUCCAUCUUGAAAUGUGAAGUGUUAACAGAAGAGUAUAAUCAUAGAAAUUUUUAUAAAAUAAAAAAACUUAUUCAAAUAUAAAUUCUUAAUCAUA